CGGAGGCAGAGGCGUGAGCGGCGCUGGGCGGCCUGGGGGCUGCGAGCAGAUAAUUUUGGAACCUGAUGCAUAAGAAAUGGCUGGAAGUCAAGUGAACAUCCAGAGAAGAGCUUAAAGUUUCUCCAAAAACAUCCUUUCUACAAACACCGUGCUACCACGAUGUCUGUACACACCGUGUGUGACCGGAGCUCAGGCGGUGACCUGGGGCUCCCUGCCACCCCGGGGAGGCUGGCGCUGAGCAUCCUCGCCCGCAGCCGCCAGCUGCAGCCGGAGUCGGAAACGUCAGCACCUGAGGACAGGGCUGCGCUGCUGAGACCUGCGGGGAAAGCUGGAGGCAUCGACAGCACUUACGUAAUUUCUGCCUGUGAAAAACCAGAAGGUGCUCCCCUCCCGCCUCACCGUGCGGGCAGAUUGACACUUCAGAGGAGAGUCACAAGGAGCAAAGACUCCUCCUUGCUGGGGGGCGAGCGGGGAGGCGCGGCUGAGAAAACAGCAGAGCCACGGCUGAUGCCACGGCGUCGCGCUGAAGCAGCUGCUGCGGAAAAGCAGGAAACAACAGAAAGUAACCAUUCUUCGCCAGAAACUAGUAUAAACUGGAAAGUUGUAAAUCAUGAUAAAACCUUUUUUGUUGCACCUUCUGUACCUCCAGCUGCAGACCCCAAAGACGCUGACGUGCAGGCUGCUGAAAAAUACCAAGGAACGUUUCCUGCCCGCAGUGGGGCGGGCGAAGGCGUCGCCCUUGGGUCCUCGAGCGACAGAGCCCCCGUUGGCUCCCGGGGUCAGACAGAAGCUGUUAGAUCAGGGUGCUCGGCCACAAGACCUGCUCAGAGCAAGCUGGAUGUGAGAGCGUCAGAAACAGGAAACUUACAUCUCAGGGGUGCCGGGAAGGAUGUGGCGAAACUUUCAAAUAAAUAUGAAAGCUUGGAAAAAAGAACGCCCUCGAAGAGCCUUACAGAACACAGGUGGACACCGAAGCGAGGCCUGCCUCAGCUUAAGAGCCCGGCUGCGUCGGUGCCGAGAAGCAGAGUGCCCAGCCUUCAGGUUAAACAGAUGCCCAAAAGCUCCCUGCUCGCAAAUAAGAGGGAAAGGUUGCAAGAAAGUACGUUCCUCCUCGAAGAGGAGCCUGCGCUUCGGAAAACCUCUGCAGAAACAGACCCCUUAAAAGUGGAGAACAGCCAGGUGACAGUGGCGGUCCGAGUCAGGCCUUUCAGCAGCAGAGAGAUGACUGAAAGGUCCCCCCAGGUGGUCUUCAUGAACGGGGACGAAGUCGCCGUGGAGCACCCGGGCCUGCGACAGGUCUACAGUUUCGUUUACGACCUUGCCUUCUGGUCUGUUGACAAGCGUCACCCCGGCUUCGCCAGCCAGACGGCCGUGUACGCGGCGCUGGCAGCCCCACUCCUGCAGCAGGCCUUCCAGGGCUACAACACCUGCCUCUUCGCCUACGGGCAGACCGGCUCCGGGAAGUCGUACACGAUGAUGGGGUUUAGUGAAGAACCAGGAAUCAUUCCAAGAUUUUGUGAAGACCUUUUUGCUCAAGUGGCCAAAAAACAAACCCAAGAGGUCAGCUAUCACCUUGAAAUGAGCUUCUUUGAAGUAUAUAAUGAGAAAAUUCAUGACCUUCUGAUUUGUGAAAAUGGGCAGAGAAAGCAAACACUGCGAGUGCGGGAGCACCCCACCUCGGGGCCGUACGUCGAGGGCCUGAGCACGAAUGUUGUCAGUUCUUACUCUGAUGUCCAGGUUUGGCUGGAGCUGGGGAACAAGAAGAAGGCCACUGCCGCCACCGGGAUGAACGACAAAAGCUCCCGCUCUCACUCGGUCCUCACCCUGGUGAUGACCCAGACCAAGACGGAAUUUGUGGAAGGGGAGGAGCUGGAUCACCGAGUCCGGAGCCGUGUGAACCUGGUGGACCUGGCGGGCAGCGAGCGCUGCCCCAUGACGCAGACCAGCGGGGAGCGGCUGAAGGAGGGCGUGAGUAUUAACAAGUCCCUGCUGACCCUGGGCAAGGUCAUAUCUGCCCUCUCGGAGCGAGCCCAUGGAAGGAGAGUUUUCGUUCCUUAUCGCGAGUCAGUUCUUACAUGGCUGCUGAAAGAGAGUCUGAGUGGAAACUCGAAAACCGCCAUGGUGGCCACCGUGAGCCCGGCGGCCAGCAGCGUGGAGGAGACGCUGGGCGCACUGAGGUACGCCGCCCAGGCCCGCGCCAUAGUCAACGUGGCCCGAGUCAACGAGGACGUGAGCGCCAGGCUCAUCAGAGAGUUGAAAGCAGAAAUUGAAAAGCUGAAAGCGGCUCAAAGAAGCAGUCAGAAUAUUGACCCUGAGCGAUACCGGCUCUGUCGGCAAGAGAUAACGUCCUUAAGGAUGAAGCUGCACCAGCAGGAGAGAGACAUGGCGGACAUGCAGAGAAUGUGGAAAGAAAAAUUUGAGCAAGCUGAAAAAAGAAAACUUCAAGUAACAAAGGAGUUACAGAAAGCAGGCAUUACGUUUCAAAUGGACAACCAUCUGCCAAACCUGGUCAACCUGAAUGAAGACCCUCAGCUGUCGGAGAUCCUGCUGUACAUGCUCAAGGAGGGGACGACCACGGUCGGGAAGCACAGACCCAGCUCCGGCCACGACAUUCAGCUAGCGGGGGUGCUGAUCGCCGAGGACCACUGCACCAUCAGGAAUGUUGAUGGCACCGUGAGCAUCACCCCGGUGGGCGAAGCAAAGACGUACGUCAAUGGGAAACUCAUUUUGGAACCCACGGUGUUACAUCACGGUGAUCGGGUGAUUCUUGGUGGCGAUCACUAUUUUAGAUUUAAUCACCCAGGAGGAGUCCAGAAAGGGGACAGACCAUCCGGUAGAGACACUUUUAUGAGCGAGGGUGCAAAAGACUUUGAAUUUGCAAAAAACGACUUGCUCGCGGCCCAGAGAGGACAACUUGAGGCGGAAAUAAAAGAGGCACAGUUGAAAGCAAAGGAAGAAAUGAUGCAGGGAAUCCAGAUCGUAAAAGAAAUGGCUCAGCAGGAGCUCUCUUCUCAGAAAGCUGCGUAUGAGAGCAGGAUCAGCGCCCUGGAGGCCGAGCUGAAAGAAGAAUCUCAAAGGAAGAGAAUGCAGGAAAUAAAUAAUCAAAAGGCUACUCACAAAAUUGAGGAACUAGAAAAGGCAAAGCAGCGUUUUGAGCAGGAAGCACACGCCAGCAGAAAGCGCUUAGAGAUGGAGGCUUUGGCUACAAAACAGGCUCUAGAAGACCACCGGAUCCGCCACGCAAAAAUUCUGGACGCUUUAGAAACUGAGAAGCAAAGAAUUGCGAAGGAAGUACAGAUUCUACAGCAAAACCAGAGCAGCAGGGACAAGCCCCUCACAAUUCAGCCAAACUGGGGCUCCAUGAAACUCUCCCUGAUGAUUCAGGAAGCCAACGCCGUCAGCAAGAAGUUAGAAAAGAACUAUGUUUUUGGCAGACACGUUGUCCCGGAUAAAGGAGGUGGUUCUGACACGUGUGUUCAGGUCCGAAACCUGCAGCUAGGGGUCUCAACUGUCUGGAGUCUGGAAAAGUUUGAAUCUAAGCUUGCGGCAAUGAAAGAACUUUACGAGAGUUACGGUAGUAACAGGAGUGAAGAUGUCUUUUGUGACCCUGCAGACGAGUGGGAACCUGACAUUACGGAUGUACCAGUUUCUUCAUUUUCUAGAAGGAGGAGCAGGAGUCUGAUGAAGAACAGAAGGGUUUCCGGCUGUCUGCUCGACAUCGCGGCCUGCUCAGCCCAGGACGCCCGUCCAUCACGCUCGUCAGGCUUAGCGGGGAAAUCGAGCACCGUUUACCCUGGUUCUGCAGAAUCGCCUCUUCCCGGAGUUUGCAGAGAGUUGAUUGGUUCAUCGUUAGAGCUUCUGGGCCACAGUUACGAUGAAGAAAACACCGUGGCAGACAGCCUGAUCAGUAACCUCCUGAGAAUCUGCGAGGGCAUCCUUGCCAUUUCCAAAGCUCAGGAACAGGAUGAGGACAGUCAGUGUGACGUGUUCUCCGACGGGGCCACCCAGUCGCUCACCGUCCGGGUGGCGAGCGCUUUUGAGCAGCUGGUGGUGCUGACGAGGCUCUGGCUGAGGGGUGAGCUCCCUGGAGGCAGCGCCGCGGCUCUGCCGGAUGAGCUGAGGCAAGAGGUGGAAAGACUAGGAGGCUGCUUACAGUUAUUUCUGCAGGGCUGCUCCUCAGACAUUUCGUCAAUGGUGAAGGAGGCUCAGAAGCAAGUGACGCAGACUGUGCUCCGAGCUGUGAAGUGCGUGGGCCAGUUGGCAGCCCUCAGAGGAACCGAGCUGCACCCUCCAGAGAACAGCGACAGGAGGGCGGCUGGGGGCCAGGAUGAUUUCAUGGACGCCCUCUGUGAUGGCGUAGGCUCGGGGCUGGAGCAUCUGCUGGAUUCUGGACUAGAAAAAGCAGAAGAGUUAGCGCGUGAACUCCUGCGGCAGGACACCCCCAGCGAGGUCACCAAACGGAUGAAGGCCAGUGCCGUGGGGUUGAUCGGAUCCCUCGAACACCUCUUUGCUGAGUGGAAAACAAAGAGUUUCAGAACGCAAGAAGAAAAUCCUGAAUACCAAGACUUGAAGAAGAUGGUUAACCUUGCCCCAGAGUUCUUGAAGUUAAAACGUGGCUUAGAGCAAACCAUUCAAAUGACUGUUUCUGCAAUGAGAGGCUGCCGCGGUGACGUGAGCCUUCUCAAGAAUUGUAUCGAGAGUCUCUGCAGCUCUGCCAGAGCCGUCCAGGCACGGGGCCCUGCCUCUGCCCAAAGCUCUGCGGGGAGCAGGGCUCGGGGGGACCACGGGGCCUUGGGGUCUCUGGCCACCUCGCUCCUCUUGUGUUUUGAAUCUGAAGAAAGACCGGAUCUGCUGGAACCUUGGGACGCGUGUAACCAAGGCCCCGGAGCAGAAGGCUGAGCGCCGUCUGUGUGG